CGGCACAGUCUGGCGCUCUCCUGUCUCCUCAUCGCGCAGCUUUUCUAACCCUACUCCUCAAACCCUGAAGUGUCCGGACCAAAAACUGCAACAUUCCUGAGGACAACUUUCUAUACUGCUCAUGAACAUAUCAUUCCUACAGACCAGGAGAAACGUUUUGGAGAGCACCUGGACGCCGUGACUUCCUGGUUAUAUAACUUUCUUGCACUUGAACGACUCCUUUACAUUCCAAAGACUUUGGCCUCGGACCUACAUCGUUUUUUUUGUCUUUUCAAAUCAAAUAUUUUGUUCCUUAUCUUAUUAUUCUGAACAGACCAAACAAGCAGGAGGCAGUAGCUCAUUUUUGUUAUUUGCACAACCUAGAAAAAGUCCCAACAGCGUUUUCUUUACGAGUAGUCUUAAACUAAGUAACAAAUCAGUCAACAAUGGCGGGUUUGAACUCUCUGGAUGCUGUCAAGAGGAAGAUUCAGUGUUUGCAGCAGCAGGCCGACGACGCAGAGGACCGGGCUCAGGUCCUACAGAGAGAGCUGGACAGUGAACGGGAGAACCGAGAGAAAGCGGAGGGUGAUGUAGCAGCUUUGAACCGUAGGAUCCAGCUGGUGGAGGAGGAGUUGGACCGAGCCCAGGAGAGGCUGGCCACGGCACUGCAAAAACUAGAGGAGGCUGAGAAGGCGGCAGAUGAGAGCGAGAGAGGGAUGAAGGUGAUCGAGAACCGAGCGAUGAAGGACGAGGAGAAGAUGGAGAUUCAGGAGAUGCAGCUGAAGGAGGCUAAACACAUUGCUGAGGAGGCCGACCGUAAAUACGAGGAGGUGGCCCGUAAACUGGUGAUCCUGGAGGGAGAGCUGGAGAGAGCUGAGGAGAGGGCCGAGCUCUCAGAAUGUAAAGCCGGGGACCUGGAAGAGGAGCUGAAAAAUGUGACCAACAACCUGAAGUCCUUAGAAGCCCAGUCUGAGAAGUACUCAGAAAAAGAAGACAAGUACGAGGAGGAGAUCAAAGUUCUAACUGACAAACUGAAGGAGGCCGAAACCCGUGCAGAGUUUGCAGAGAGGACUGUGGCCAAACUGGAAAAGUCCAUUGACGACCUGGAAGAGAAACUAUCACAAGCCAAAGAGGAGAAUCUUGGCAUGCAUCAAGUCCUGGACCAGACCCUGCAGGAACUAAACAGCUUAUAAAUACACAGAGAGGAAGCUGGAGAGGAUGAGAUCGUCAUGUAAUUUUUCUUUAAUGUUCGACUCCAUUCCACAUUUCAAGCUGUAAAAUCUUUAUUCCCCGUGUGAAGGGGGAUUAACUUAAUGCUUGUCCCUAGUUGUUUUUGUUCCAAAGGCACACCUUUUGUUUCUUUUCUUUUUUUUAAAGAUGGGAAGUAAGUUUGCCCCCAUUUUUCUUUUUUUAUUUCCACCUCUGAUUGCAGAAUCCCCCUCAGAAAUGAUUUUCGACCACUUAAUUUUAAAGAACUGGCAACUGAAACACCUUAAGAAACCUCAGAUUUGGUCACUGAACCACUUAAACUUGCUCCAUUUUACAUUUGAUGUGCACAUACAUUAAGCCUGUGUCUAUUUUAAUACAAACGCUACAGAUGGAGUUGGGUUUUUCUCAGUCUAUAUUGGUAUGGCUCUGAAGUGCCACCCAGUGGUGAUACAAAGUUAGUCAACAGUCUUGUUUUUCUGAUCAUGCUGUACCACCUAGAAGCUACAAGACAAUAGACAUUUGGCUUAUGUGUGCUUGUCUUUAGCAGAAUCCUCCCAAAUCUGUUAAACAGCACACAUGGUCAGAUGGACAGGUGGCCUUAUGGAAAGGUGUCCUUGAUAAAUAAACAGGUCAACACACAUGCUGCUCAGUCACUCUAGGUGUCCAGCCUCUUUUGCCAAUCCCCAAUUAUUCUAAGGCCUACAUGUCAAAGACGCACAUUAAUGCAUUUGUGUGCAUCAAAGUUUUUUUUCUUUAUUUUAAUGUGGGGAUCUGUGCUGAAGCUGAGAGCUGUGCAUGUACAGUAUAUAGCAGUGACAUGUAUUUCUAAGCUGUACUGCCUUUCCCUAAGCUUGACCUGACCGUUGACACAUUCUUCAUAAUUGCCAUGCCAUAAUAUUGCCAAUAUUUACUAGAUUUACAAUACAUUGUUUUACAUAAGUGAGCUGAACCCCAAACCACUGGAAGCUCAAGUCGACUUAUAUCAACCAUGGAAACCUAUUGUAUAUAGUAGAAUAAUGUUAGGUAUUUGAGAAAUUGUAUUGCUUUGAUUAUUUUUGGAUCUGUUUAAAUUACAUUACUUCAUUUCUUUGCUAGGGGAACUCGCAAGACCAAAGAACACAUAACAGACAAUUAAUGUUUUAUUUUUGUUUGUGGCGGUCAUCAUGGUUUCAUCUCACGCCAGGGCCAUGGAAAGGGACUCCCACAUGCCUGAGACAUUUUAUAAUAUUUCAUUUAACAACUCCCUCUAUGUCAACCUAAUAAAUGUUUUACAGAAA